CCUCUCUCUUUCUAGUUCUGAGGGGGGGCGACCAUAGCUAUCUUUUAAUCAUUUCAUCCCUAGAAUUUAGUGCAGUUCUUACCACAGAGUAGUUUCCUAAUAAAUAUGUGAUAAAUGAGUGCAUACUUUAGGCAGUGGGAAACUGUUGAAGGAUUUCAAGGGGAAGAUAUAAUACAGAAUGAUUUGCGGUUUAGAAAGAUAAUUUGGUGUCUUUAUGGAGGAGGGCAACUUGAGGAAUGUUUUUAUUUGGACUUUGUAUCGGUUUGGACUUGACUAUAAGUAAUCCAACUCAAACCAACUUAAAAAGAAGAAUUUAUCCUGGAUCACGGAAUCCAAAGAGUGAUUUGAAGAGCCGUCCUCAUGAAGGGGUUCAUCGGGGCUUCAGGAACAAAUAAAAACAGGGCUGUUGGUGGUGGUAUCAUGGAUACAGAAAUGUCUGAAGAUAUAGACCACAACUUAACUCCUACCCUUGACAGCAUGUCUUAUGGAAUGCCGAAUCAAACAGGAUCUGAAAAUUCAUUGCUGGAUGAAGAUGAUUAUUUUUUGAACUCUGGGGAUCUUGCAGGAAUUCCAGUCGUUGGUAGUGACAAUGAGGAUGAACAGGAUUUUAGUUCAAAGGACAAUCUUGUUUCUUCAAUUCAUACUGAUGAUAGCUUGGAAGUAGAGAGAAGAGUCACACAACAUGAAUCAGACAAUGAAAAUGAAAUACAGAUUCAAAAUAAAUUAAAAAAAGACUUUCCUAAACAGUUUGAUCAGGUUUCUGUCUUUAAGUCAAUACGGAAAGAUUUUAGUCUAGUAAGAGAAAACAGCAAAGAGACAUUUUCUGGAAAGGAGAAAAAUAGAGACCUAACUUAUCAUGAACGUGAAAAACGGUUGGAUAAACCCCAUAAAGAGUUGGAUUCAAGGUUGAAAAGCAGUUUUUUUGAUAAAGCAGCUAAUCAAGUUGAAGAAACAUUACAUACCCAUUUACCACAAACCCCAGAAACAAACUUUAGGGAUUCCAGCUAUCCAUUUGCCAAUAAAGAAUCCAUUGGUUCGGAACUGGGAAAUUCCUUUGCAUCAAAUAUUAGAAUUAAAGAAGAACCUUUGGAUGAUGAGUAUGACAAAGCAAUGGCACCACAGCAGGGACUACUAGACAGAAUUAAAGAUGAACCUGACAAUGCUCAAGAGUAUAGUCAUGGCCAACAGCAAAAAACUCAAGAAGGGGAAUUGAAAAUUAGUGCCGUCUUUUCAGUCAGUGGCAGUCCUCUUGCUCCUCAGUUGACUACUGGCUUUCAGCCUUCACUGGCGUCAUCUGGCAUGAAUAAAAUGCUUCCUUCAGUUCCAGCCACAGCUGUCCGAGUUUCCUGUUCUGGUUGUAAAAAAAUCCUGCAGAAGGGGCAAACUGCUUAUCAGAGGAAAGGGUCUACUCAGCUUUUCUGCUCCACGCUGUGCCUCACUGGAUAUACAGUUCCACCUGCCCGCCCACCGCCUCCUCCCACCAAGAAAACUUGUUCAAGUUGCUCAAAAGAUAUUUUAAAUCCAAAGGAUGUGAUCAGUGCCCAGUUUGAAAAUAGCACCACUAGUAAAGAUUUUUGCAGUCAGUCAUGUCUGUCAACAUACGAACUGAAAAGGAAACCUGUUGUCACCAUAAAUACGAAUAGCAUUUCAACCAAAUGCAGCAUGUGUCAGAAGAAUGCUGUUAUUCGACAUGAAGUUAAUUACCAGAAUGUGGUGCAUAAACUUUGCAGUGAUGCCUGCUUCUCGAAGUUUCGCUCUGCCAACAACCUCACCAUGAACUGUUGUGAGAACUGUGGGGGCUACUGUUACAGUGGCUCUGGGCAGUGCCACAUGCUUCAGAUAGAGGGCCAGUCUAAGAAGUUUUGUAGCUCAGCGUGUGUCACAGCAUAUAAGCAGAAAUCAGCCAAAAUUACACCAUGUGCGCUUUGCAAAUCAUUGAGAUCCUCAGCAGAAAUGAUUGAAAAUACCAAUAGCUUGGGAAAGACAGAGCUUUUCUGUUCUGUUAAUUGCUUAUCUGCUUACAGAGUUAAAAUGGUUACUUCUGCAGGUGUACAAGUGCAGUGUAACAGUUGUAAAACCUCAGCAAUCCCUCAGUAUCACCUCGCCAUGUCAGAUGGAAGUAUCCGCAACUUCUGCAGCUACAGCUGUGUUGUCGCGUUCCAGAAUUUGUUCAACAAACCAACAGGAAUGAAUUCUUCAGUAGUGCCCUUGUCUCAGGGCCAAGUAAUUGUAAGCAUCCCCACAGGUUCAACGGUGUCAUCAGGAGGGGGGAGCACCUCGGCCGUUUCUCCCACCUCCAUCAGUAGCUCUGCUGCAGCUGGUCUCCAGCGACUCGCUGCCCAAUCCCAGCAUGUUGGGUUCACACGAAGUGUUGUGAAACUCAAGUGUCAGCACUGUAACCGCCUUUUUGCCACAAAACCAGAACUUCUUGACUAUAAGGGUAAAAUGUUUCAGUUCUGUGGCAAGAAUUGUUCUGAUGAAUAUAAGAAAAUAAAUAAUGUAAUGGCAAUGUGUGAAUAUUGUAAAAUUGAGAAAAUUGUAAAGGAGACUGUGCGAUUCUCAGGUGCUGACAAGUCAUUCUGUAGUGAAGGUUGCAAAUUGCUUUAUAAACACGACUUGGCAAAACGCUGGGGAAAUCACUGUAAAAUGUGCAGUUAUUGUUUACAGACAUCUCCUAAAUUGGUACAGAAUAAUUUGGGGGGGAAAGUAGAAGAGUUCUGUUGUGAAGAAUGCAUGUCCAAAUAUACAGUUCUGUUCUAUCAGAUGGCCAAAUGUGAUGGCUGUAAGCGACAGGGUAAACUCAGCGAGUCCUUGAAAUGGCGAGGAGAGAUGAAACAUUUCUGUAACCUGCUUUGUAUCUUAAUGUUCUGUAAUCAGCAGAGUAUGUGUGACCCACCUUCACAAAACAAUGCAGCAAGUAUUUCCCUGGUGCCAGCUGCUUCAUCAGGGCCCCCAUCUCUAAGAAAGGAUUCAACUCCAGUUAUAGCUAAUGUAGUCUCAUUAGCCAGUGCUCCUGCUGCUCAGCCCACAGUGAAUUCUAACAGUGUCUUACCAGGUGCAGUUCCAACAGUAACAGCAAAAAUCAUUGGUGAUGCAAGUACACAAACAGAUGCCCUGAAACUGCCACCUUCCCAGCCCCCAAGACUUUUGAAGAACAAAGCUUUAUUGUGCAAACCCAUCACACAGACUAAAGCCACCUCUUGCAAACCACAUACCCAAAACAAAGAAUGCCAGACAGAAGACACUCCAAGUCAGCCCCAGAUCAUUGUGGUGCCAGUUCCCGUACCAGUGUUUGUGCCCAUACCUCUUCAUCUUUAUACUCAGUAUGCACCAGUCCCAUUUGGAAUUCCAGUUCCAAUGCCUGUCCCUAUGCUUAUUCCAUCAAUGGAUAAUGAAGAUAAAGUCACCGAGAGUAUUGAGGACAUUAAGGAGAAGCUUCCUUCACAUCCAUUUGAAGCUGAUCUUCUUGAGAUGGCGGAAAUGAUUGCAGAAGAUGAAGAGAAGGAGAAGACUCUAUCCCAGGGAGGAUCCCAAACUUCUGAACAGGAACUCUUUCUAGACACCAAGAUUUUUGAAAAAGACCAAGGAAGUACAUACAGUGGUGACCUUGAAUCAGAGGCAGUAUCUACUCCGCAUAGCUGGGAGGAAGAGUUGAAUCAUUAUGCCUUAAAGUCAAAUGCUGUGCAAGAGGCUGAUUCAGACUUGAAGCAGCUCUCAAAAGGGGAAACUGAACAGGAUCUAGAAGCAGAUUUUCCAUCCGAAUCCUUUGACCCACUGAAUAAAGGACAGGGAAUCCAGGCACGUUCCCGAACAAGACGACGGCACAGAGAUGGCUUCCCUCAGCCUAGACGAAGAGGACGGAAGAAGUCUAUAGUGGCUGUGGAGCCCAGAAGUCUUAUUCAAGGAGCCUUUCAGGGGUGUUCAGUGUCUGGGAUGACACUGAAAUACAUGUAUGGGGUAAAUGCCUGGAAGAACUGGGUUCAGUGGAAAAAUGCCAAGGAAGAGCAGGGGGAUCUGAAAUGUGGCGGUAUUGAACAUACUGCAUCUAGCCCAUGUUCUGACCCUUUAGGAAGUGCUCAAGACCAUGCAGUCUCUCAAGAAUCCUCAGAGCCAGGUUGUAGAGUCCGUUCUAUCAAGCUGAAGGAAGAUAUUCUGUCCUGCACUUUUGCUGAGUUGAGUUUGGGUUUAUGCCAGUUUAUCCAAGAGGUGCGGAGACCAAAUGGUGAAAAAUAUGAUCCAGACAGUAUCUUAUACUUGUGCCUUGGAAUUCAGCAGUACCUGUUUGAAAAUGGUAGAAUAGAUAACAUUUUUACUGAGCCCUAUUCCAGAUUUAUGAUUGAACUUACCAAACUCUUGAAAAUAUGGGAACCUACGAUACUUCCUAAUGGUUACAUGUUCUCUCGCAUUGAAGAAGAGCAUUUGUGGGAGUGCAAACAGCUGGGCGCUUACUCACCAAUCGUCCUCUUGAACACCCUCCUUUUCUUCAAUACCAAAUACUUUCAACUCAAGAAUGUUACUGAGCACUUGAAGCUUUCCUUUGCCCACGUGAUGAGACGGACCCGGACUCUGAAGUAUAGCACCAAGAUGACAUAUCUGAGGUUCUUCCCACCUUUACAAAAGCAGGAGUCAGAACCAGGUGUGUGGUGGAGUUUGAGAGAUUUCUAUUCGAAGUCCGAUAAACUGACUGUUGGCAAAAGGAAACGAAAUGAAGAUGAAGAGGUUCCGGUGGGUGUGGAGAUGGCAGAGAAUACCGACAACCCACUACGAUGCCCGGUCCGACUUUACGAGUUCUACCUGUCAAAAUGUUCUGAAAGUGUGAAGCAGAGGAAUGAUGUGUUUUACCUGCAACCCGAGCGCUCCUGUGUUCCGAAUAGCCCCAUGUGGUACUCCACAUUCCCGAUAGACCCUGGGACCCUGGACACCAUGUUAACACGUAUUCUCAUGGUGAGGGAGGUACACGAAGAACUUGCCAAAGCCAAAUCAGAAGACUCUGAUGUUGAAUUAUCAGAUUGAAGUGGAAGUGGGGUUCCUAUUUUCAUACACAUGGGUAUGCACCAAACUGUGAAUGCAUCCAGCUUUGGAAAACGAUGUACAAGUCCAAGUCCUCUUGACUUGAUUAUAAGAUAAUGGAAAACAGAUGACUCGUGAACCACAGUGUGGAUGUACAAAUGAAAAUUGAAGGAAAGAAUAUGAACUGAGAAAUGUUGUUCUUUGGCAGUGAUAUAGUUCUUAGACAUCUUCAGAAUGACUAACCAAUUUCUCUUGAGUGGUGCAUAAUCUUAUUUUGUUUGGGAAUAACAAAUUGUGGAAUAUUUUUAAGGAAAACUGUUGUAUAAAACUCUACCAUAGUAACCUUAGACCUUAGAGAGGUAGCUUUGAAAUAAAGCCUUGGCUGCAGUAGGCUACUUGGGCAAGCCCUAUGUGCACGUCAGGGGAGAAAUCAGUGCAGAGCGAAGAGUGACAUCAGAUGAGGACUGUGGGACCCAGACUUGAAGACCCAAUAAAAAUACUCAACUUUUUUCUAAAAGGUAGAGAGUGAAGUGGUCUUGAUUUUGAUUUUCACUGCCAAGCCAAUUCUGUGAAGGAUAGAAGCCUCUGGUGCUUUUGCCAUGGGCCCCUCACAUCAGGGAAAAAAGGCCUUCACUGCUGUUCACACAGUAAUGUGUCCCUUUCACUUUCUGGGUCUAGCCUUCUCAGCUGUGGGUCUGGAUGUGGGUAAAUUGAGGUAAAGGGGCUGAAGCUCCACGAACUGAUUAUGCAUACAGAAAAUCUGUGGAGCCCGUUAGACCCCAAGUGUCUUGAAAUGUUUGUAGAAAACCCACUAAAAUGCCCGCUUCUCUGGGUGUCAGCCUUUAUUGCUGCUGUCUCAUAGCAUGAGCUGUGGUACACAGAAAUGGGGGUUCUCCUUUUGUUUUCAUUUUAUCCCCAAAUGGCAGCUUUUCUCUCAUUGUUUUAUCUUCCUGUUUCCCAGAUCCUCUUAUUUUGUCUUUUGCACCAGUUUCUGGAGGCCCUUGUCAUUUCAAAAAGAAUAGUCUCUCUCCUUACUCUGGCAAACCUGUGGGUGAUUCCACAAAGACACAGUAUUACUUAGCUAUCAGAAUUAUGGUAGAAAAGGUCCUAGUAUGUUCCUAUAAAGCAUUUGGAAGAUGAUCUUGUUGCCCUAAGAAACUUGAAAAUAUGGAUUCUGGGUUAGGAUACAAAGGCAUUGACUGUCUUGCAGAUCCACAGCUGGUCUUAGAGCAUUAUUCCAAACUCUAGCUGUUUUAGUAGUUCUGUGAGGAUCGCCAGUCAUAGGUGUGUUUGGCAUAACAGUCCAUCUCCCUCAUCUCCAUUCGCAGUUUCUUCUCCCAGAAAAUUUUGACUCAAAGCUUUUAUGGUGUUGACCAAUCACAGAACUUCUUUAGCUGAUGUGGAUUUGACCCUGUAAUAGAAAUGAGAGAAGUCCAAAAAGCCUCUUAGAAAUUUUAACCUUGAAAGUCUUUUCAAUAUGUCCCAUUUUUUAGAUGGGGGUGGCAGGUGUUUUGUUUUUUUUAAAUUAAUGAAAGUCAUUUAAAUACAAUAAAAAUUUUAAAGUAGGCCUUUUGACAUUGUGUACUUGAUGGUUCUGUCCCUCUGCCUGUAACAGAUUUCAUUUUGGUUACCAGGAAACUGUGUGAAAGAAGUAAAUCUGCCCCAAUUCUGUAUGAUUAAUUCCAUCUGUGUUUGUCAUUUCUGACUGGAAAACUUCUUACAUCCAGAGCUUGUUUGAUAUGGAGGAAAAACAACUGGAUUGUCUGAUAAGUCUGCCAAUAAACUAUCCAGAAACAUCAGUUGUAAUAGCCCCCACUAUACAAAUUUUAUGGUUUGUAUAAACACUAACAAUUCCCCUUCUGUAGUUGUAUCAAGAACAAAUAUUGUUGGCAUAGUAGAUACAUUGUUAGAAAACAGCAGAGAGGAAAAAAGAAAUCUGUAUCUUUUAACUGAGAACAGCUAAUACCCAGUUCAAUGACUGUAUCAGGACUUCAAUUGCAUGUUAGUCCACAGAGUUGUCCAGAACCUAAAUUAAUUCGUAAAAGAAAAUCUUGGUUAAUUAUUGGUCAUUCUUCAUAAGCGUAGUUGUUGAUAUAUGUGUCAGACUAUUUGCUUUUUAAAAUUUUAUUAAAAUUAUGUAAAAUUGCAUUUUUAUUUCCAGGGGAGGGAAAAAAAAAACAUCAAACAAGUGAAACAUCUAAAUUAUCCUUUCUGUUCUUUUUUGUUUUUUAACCACUUUUGGGUUUUCCCCUUGCAGAAACCACAGAAAUAUUCCCUUAGAAUAAAAUAGUAUAUUUGUAUUUGA